UCAAAGCUGUAAAAUUUUAGUUGUUUGUUUACGCUCCAAGGAUUUUGGGUUUUUGUCCGCGUUCCUGAAAUUUGCCGAGGCCCCGAAGCCGUUUUCACGCAGCAUGGACCUGAUAGAAGUUUGUCGCGUUUGUAUGAAGCAAGAGAAAAUCUACUGGUCGCUGUUCAGCAACUGCAACGUACUGCCGGAAGGAUUCACCGCAGCCUAUCUGAUCACGGAGUGCGUCGGUGUAAGCGUGGAACCGAAUGACGGGUUGCCCGAGAUCCUGUGCAAAUUUUGUUUGCAGGCACUUAUCUGCGCGCACAACAUACGACAAACGUGCUUCGCCUCCGAUCGGAAGUUGAGGAAGAACAUCGAAGAGCUCAGCACACUGAAACACGAUAAGACGGACAUCCUAGCAACGGCAGUGGCGCUCGUGGAACAAGACGAACACCUGGAAACGGUCACCGUAGAGCACUUCACGAGUCCGAUGAUCAUAGAACAGGAGGAACAGCACGAGCAGCAAGAGGAGCAGGAAGAGCAGGAGGAACAGGUGGUGGAGGAGGUGGAGGAAGUGGAGGAGGAGGAGCAGGAGCAGCAGGAUGAACAGGAGGAGCAGGAAGAGCAAGAAGUGCAGGACGAACAGGAGGAACAGGAAGAACAGCACAUUCCGGAAGAGUGUGGCGCAGAGCUUCAGGUGGACGAAGAGCAGUAUGUCGGCGCUGAAUCACUAGACGAAUUGGUGGAAGAAGGAGACGAUAUAAUUUGCUCGAAAAACGGAAAACUACUGAUGGAAGAAGUCGAGUUCCAUGAGAUGGAGUAUUUUGAAGAGACACUAGAGCCUGAAAACACCGUUGGAAUGAAGGUGGAAAUCGUGGAUGACACUAUAGUUUCUUCGAAUGUUACAGACCAUAGAUCCUACUCGAAGGUCGGCAGUAGUUCCCACAAGGAUAGCUACACUUGCGAAGUUUGCUUGAAGACUUUCUCGACGAAGGGGAACCUCAAAUCCCACCUGAUUCUGCACACGAACCAAAGACCGUUCGCCUGCGAGUUGUGUGGAGUGAAGUUUGCGAAAAAGGGCAACUACAAGGUGCAUCUGGCUCGACAUUCGUCCGUGCGCUCGGUCAAGUGUCCCUCCUGUGACAAAUCGUUCGUGCACGAGAUCAAUCUACGGAACCACAUGCGGAAGCAUACAGGUGAAAAGCCCUUCGCCUGCCAGUACUGUCCGAAAAAGUUCGCCUACCUAUCGGACAAAAAGCGCCACGAAGUGAGGCAUACCGGCAUCUAUCCGUUUCAUUGUGUAAAUUGCGAGAAAAAUUUUAUCCGAAAGCAAAGCUACCUAGUUCACAUUAACAAAUGCUAUGAUGGUACAAUAUCGCUGGUUGAGUCGGUGGAGGGUCACAGCUCCGACGACAGCCAGCCUUCUGUGGGUCAUUAGCGCAAUCCCCGCAAAAGCCCAGAGUACUCAGAUGCACUGCUUAAUAGGAUACAAAAUUCCAGCCAAACAGAGGUCGAAUCUAAGUCGAUUCCAUGUGUAUAUUCUCUCUCAUAACCGACCUAUUGUAUGCUAGAGACGUUGACCUCAUGAAGGUGUAGCGAGAGUAUAGAGUUAGUGAGUUAGUAUUAGCUAUGAUUUCUUUAAACCUAGGCGAUAAUUUUUUAUGUUGACCGUGUUGGAUCAUCGGGAAACGAGCAUUUUGAUUCAAAUAAAAUCAAGUGAAAAAAUGACAAAAUGUUUAUAUUUUCAGAGGCU